UUAGAAUAGUCGACUAUUCGAUAAAAUAAUCGUCAGAAUAAUCAUUUUAAAAAUAAUCGUUUGCCCCAGCCCUAGUCCUCUCCAAUAUUGGGCAAACACAUAUUUGUCCCCCCAAUAACAUGGAGAUGAAAAAAAAAAUAGAUUUUGAAAUAUUUGACUCGCAAGCUUUUAUUUUGAAAGACACUGCAGAUUUCUCACCUACACAGCCCCUCCCCUCAGGGAGUCAGACAGGCUGGCUGAGUGAAGCAGGAGUCAGAGCCGGGGCACGGACACAGGUGUCAGAGAUGAGACGACAGCAGCUCAACGAGUUCUUUCUCAUGCGCAAAAAAAGAAAGAAAGGAAAUAUCGAGAGGAGGUUGGAGCUGGUACGAACGGUGUCGCACAACACGCACAAGAAGCUGGUGUCCUGUCUGCAGGGCCAGCUGGGCUCAGACACUGAGAAGAGACAUAAAAAGCUGCCGCUGACGGCUCUGUCCCAGUCCAUGCAGGAGGGGGGUGGUCAGCUGGGGGACGAGAGCCUGAUCGGGAAGAUGAUGGAUUUGUGUGGGGAGGCAGAGAGCCGAUUAGCCUCUGAACUCAUGCAGCAUGAGCGGCAGAUUGAGAAAGAGAUUCUGGAACCUCUCAACCAGCUGGCAGAGGUGGAUAUUCCCAAUAUUCUUAAACAAAGGAGGCAACUCGCUAAGCUGGUCCUGGAUUAUGACUCAGCAAAAACCAGGUGGUAUCAGGCAACAAAAUCCACCAACCAGGCCAUGGCAUCAAAAGUGGAUUCGCUCAAAGACGAGAUGGACGAAGCGCUCAAUAAAGUAGAAAUGUGCAAGGACCAGCUCUCUGCAGACUUGUACAACUUUGCAUCAAAGGAAGGAGAUUACGCUCGCUAUUAUGUGAUGCUACUAGAGGCCCAGGCGGAUUACCACAGGAGGUCUCUGGCAGCUUUGGAGGCAGCUAUUCCAGCCAUCCACAUUCAGCAAGAUUCGUGGAUGGAAAAGCCAGCCUUCGGCACGGCUCUGGAGGAACAUCUGAAGAGGAGCAACCGUGAGAUCGCUCUGCCCAUAGAGGCCUGCGUCAUGAUGCUGCUGGAGACUGGCAUGAAGGAGGAGGGUCUCUUCCGCAUCGCUGCUGGAGCUUCCAAACUUAAAAAGCUAAAAGCAGCGCUGGACUGUUCCACUUCGCAGCUCGAGGAGUUCUACUCUGAUCCCCACGCUGUCGCUGGAGCCCUGAAGUCCUACCUCCGGGAGCUACCUGAGCCUCUGAUGACCUUCAGCCUGUACGAUGAGUGGAUUCAGGCCUCCAAUGUGUCUGACCCUGACAAGAGGCUGCAGGCUUUAUGGGUAACAUGUGACCAUCUGCCCAAAGCUAACAAAGCGAACUUCAGGUAUUUGGUGAAGUUUCUGGCCAGACUGACUCAGGAAAGUGAGGUCAAUAAAAUGACUCCCAGCAACAUCGCCAUCGUCCUCGGGCCCAACCUGCUCUGGGCCAAAACCGAAGGGACGCUGGCUGAGAUGGCAGCAGCCACCACUGUUCAUGUCGUGGCCAUCAUUGAACCCAUCAUCCAACAUGCUGAUUGGUUCUUCCCUGAUGAGGUGGACUUCAACGUUUCCGGCAUGUUUUCCAUGCCCAGCCAUCCACCCACCCCUGACCUCGAUCACGGCCUGGACAGGAAGCGCCCUGGCAGUCUGGGGCAGGACGGGGACAGUCACACCCCCCGUAAAGACAGCCCCGUUAGCAAACCUCCGGAGCCCACUCCACGCAGAGCCGGCACUGUAAAUAGAAAGCAGACACAACUAACCUCACCCACCUUCCAACCCACUCUGCCCCCUCUGGAAAGUGGUGGUCCUCCUUCCCAGCAGUCUGAGCCGCAGCUGGAGGCACACCAGCCUGGCUCGGGUGGUGCUGGCGCCGCCUCCGCUGGUGGUGGUGAUGCUUUGGGGGGUGGGGUCCGGGUAGCCACAGCGCAGCCUCAGACUGUAACGCAGCUCAGCGCAGAGGAGAGCAGUCCUGCCCGUGAGCUCGAGUCUACCCCCCCUCCACAGAGGAAUGGUUUAGUCCAUCUUGCAGUUGGAACCCCACACUCUCAGGGUGGGUCAAGGAUACCUAGUCCACAUAUGGUCCGCAGAGGUACCAAAAAACAGGCUCCAGCUCCCCCCAAACUGGCCAGCCCUUUCUCUCAGUCCAACCAGUCCACCUCAACCUCCAGCUCUCCCAGUCACCCACCAGUCACACCUCGCCGUCACUCCAGCAAAGACAUCAUCCAGGCACCGAGCCAUCCACCGCCGCAGCCUCCUCAAGCUCACCAGCCCCAGGGGGAGCCUGAACCGUCUCCCACCAGCAGUCCCACCCCUCCUGACACUCCACCUCAUGACGGCUCACACUCCAACUUGCCGCACCCCCCUGUCUCCCCUUAUCCUUCUGGGUCACUGCCUCGCCCCGCCAGGCCCGCUCCAAAGCCACGGGCCCGACCCAGCAUGCCACCACCCCCGCAGCCUGCAGGGAGUGACGACUUCUGCAGCUCUGCAUCAAAAAUCAUUACAGAUGUCUGAGCUGGCGGCCUGCCUGCAAGAUGAGCUUUGCAAGGCAGGUGAUGGUAAGGUUCUGACUGGCUGCUGCUGCUCUCUGUGUGUUUUUGUUCUGUUGGCUUUGUUUUAAUGUCUCUAUAGUUGUGUGUGUGUGUGUCAUGCGUUGUGUUAAAGGCAUGCUUUGUGCUUUUGAAUGUUGUAUAGGACCUACAGCUUUUGGCUGCUUUGGUAACUAACCUGCUUCUACUUAAAACUGCCCUUAGUUUUUCUCUGCAUUCUUUUACACAGAUUGUCUUUAAAAAGGUUGCUUUUACAUUUUAACACACCAAGGAGACUCUUGGAUAACUUCCAAGAAAAAGUCAAUCAUUGGAUACUUUUUUUACAUCUGAGAGCGAUCCUUGGUGUCUUACCGAAUGUGGAAUGGUGUGUUUUCUGGUUUUGCUCCCCAGUUUGCAGUGUGUGCAGCACCUUUUUGGUUUUGGUUUAUGAAUCGAUGUGUUUUUGUAAUUGUUCCCCCUGACUGUCCUGCUCAGAUGGAGACCUGGUUCUCAAGGGGAUCGGAAGAGCUUAUGUCCCUCAGGUGAUCGGGAAUCAACAGGAGAAGGGUUCUGCUGGUCAGGAGCCAGUCCCCGCCUCUGUGCCGCCCCCAGAGCUUCGCAUUGUGGCACACAACACCGCCCUGUGAGAAAGAGCCCAGUCUGCCCAGUUCUUAGUGUUUAGUAUCAGAAAGCAGCCACCUGUUGGCUCUCCGGGUUUCAGUAACAGAUCCUUUUCUUAGAGACACAUCUCAAACCAAAAGACUUAACCUACAGUGUUGUCCUUACCACACACACACACACACACACACACACACACACACACACACACCAGACUUGUUGUUUUACUACUGUUUUUAUUUUUUUAGUUUGGACCUCAAAGCCAUUCUUAAACAUAAGAACAUCAUAGUGCUUCCAAACAGAUAAAAAAAUGUUUUUUCAAUUCUUUGCGGGUUUUUUCCCCUCAAACAUUUUGCUGAUAUAAAUUCUCUUUUUUGGUUUUAGAAUUGUGUCCAACAACAUGAAAAGUUAGUUUUUAGUCUAUUUUAUGCAGUAAAGAUGAAAGUUUUUAUUUAUCUCACAUUUCUUCUCAAUGUUCUCCAGUUUAACAAAAUGUGACAUUCAAGGAUUGACUGUGUGGCCAAAGAAAAUCCUACUCCGCUCAUGUUCUGGUUGCAAAUGACCAAAAAUUUUCGCAAGAGUGCAAUAUUUAAAAAAAAACUUUUAUUGAUGACCUGUUUGCAGUGUGUACUCUGCAGUUUCAGGUGGCUUUGAUUCUUCCUAUUGUGUAAUCCAGUGGGAAAAGUUUUGAUUAUUUGUUGGUGUUCAUUGAGCUGAAAUUCAGGUAAAAGUUUGUUCUUAUUGAUAAAAGGGACUUUUAUUUUUGUAAUUACUCAGACCAGUUCAAAAAUGGAACCAUGACCGAAUGACUAAAAUCACUUUGAAAAUGUGUUUUACUAAAAAGUUUGCCUUUAAAAGAAAAAAAUCUUAGUUUUUUUUUUUUGUUUUGUUAUUUUUUGUGGAGGGGGGUUGUAAAAAAUGAGUCUUUAUUGGUAAUAAAGAUUUUUCAGCCAUG